AUGUUUAAAAACAUUUUAAAAUCAAAUUCAUUAUUAAGACAAUAUUCAAUUGUUAAAAACAAUAGAUCAUUUUCAAAUUUAUCAAAUGGUUCAUCAUCAAAUAGUUUUUCAAAUUUAAUUAAUAAACAAUAUAGAUUCAAUUUAGAUGGUUCACUAAAAUCAAUCAAUACAUUAAACAUUAAAAACAUUUUAUCAAAUGAAACUGAAAUUAAACCAAUACUUUUAAUUAAAGAUUUAAACUUAAAUGAAAUCAAUAAUAAUAAUAAUAAUAAUAUUAAUAAAAAACAAGAACAAGAAGCAUUAGAAGUAUCAUCAGUUGUCAUCAAAAGAAGAAAAAUGAUGAGUAAACAUAAACAAAGAAAAUUAAGAAAGAGAACUAGAGCUUUAAAGAAGAGACUUGGAAAGAUUUAA